UGCUCAGUCAGGUGGCUGCUGCUGCUUCAUCAGCGCGGACUGUGACAGUGAUGGUGGAGUGUGUGGACGUGAAUUAGAGAGCUGGGGUCCGACUGGCUGAUGCUGAACACCUGCACGUGGCGGAGGACUGCCUUCUUUUGCUUUUAACUCGACCUCCAGCCUCCAGCAGCUCUCCAUCACUUCGCCUGUCAAGCGAGAGGAAGCGGACGAUGAGUACUUCUCUCCCCAAAAGCGAGUCCACCACCUCUCUCCUCAGAACAUCGGCGCUCAACCGCAGGUCCGGGCACUCGAACAACGCUCCAAGAGAGCACCGUAGCUACCGCACUCAUCAUCACCAUCAUCAUCACCCCACCGGAGCUGGAGGCAGUGAGGAUGCGGGCUGGACUGAGGACUGCGAGACGAGUGCGCGUAGACCUCUCUGCCAACCAAGACACGCCGACUCUCGAAAUUUAAGUGAUCACCGGGUGCAGAAAAGCCACUCUCACCGGCAGGCGAGCCUCAUGGAUGAUAGUUACGCACAGGAGGAUGCGAGGCACAGGACGAGCCGGAAUCAGAAAGAGCGCAGCAAGUCCACCAGGUCCAAACAUCAUCACCACGACUCCUCUCGAGGUGAGAUGCCUCCUGCAGCGCAUCACCAGGGCGGCUCCCGGCAGGACAAGAGGACCUCUCCAACUCCAUCUUAUCCAAAAGAGCAGGACGAUGCGGCUUUCUUCUUCGAGCACAGGGAGAGAGUCAUCACAGGGUCAUCCUCCAGUCUCAGCUCUGACCCACCUGCGACCAGCGCACCUGUCCAACCCGCAGCCAGACGCAUAUCCAAAAGACUGAGCGCAACCGGGUCUGAAUAUGACUCCAGUCUUCAUCCCAUUGUGAAAUCAGUCUUUGGGCAGGACCAGAAGAAGAACUACAAAGCAGUGCAGUCCUGUGAGGAGGGGGGUUCUGGGGGGGCCUAUCUUGAGCCGCUAGUGGCCCUGGCCCAGAACGGAGCCAACAUGCACAACGUACUGGGUCCUGCAUGCAUCUUUCUACGCAAGGGCUUCGCUGAGAGCCGGCAGGCUGACCGAGAGUUGAGGCCAGAAGAAAUGGAUGAGCUGCGUGAGGCAUUCAAGGAGUUCGACAAAGAUAAAGACGGGUUUAUCGGCUGUAAAGAUUUGGGGAACUGCAUGAGAACGAUGGGCUACAUGCCUACGGAGAUGGAGCUGAUAGAACUGAGCCAGCAGAUCAACAUGAAUCUGGGAGGACACGUGGACUUUGAGGACUUUGUUGAACUCAUGGGGCCCAAACUUCUGGCUGAAACUGCAGACAUGAUUGGAGUGAAAGAGCUGAGGGAUGCAUUCAAGGAGUUUGACACUAAUGGUGACGGCCAGAUCAGCACAGCAGAGCUGAGAGAAGCCAUGAAAAAACUUUUAGGACAACAGGUUGGACACAGAGACCUGGAGGACAUCCUACGAGACAUUGACCUCAACGGAGACGGGCACGUAGACUUCGAAGAAUUUGUCCGGAUGAUGUCUCGAUGAGUUCCCGACAGAGAGUCGACAUGUUAAAACACAACAUGGAUUCUCUGUUGCUACGUGAGGAUGAGGAGAAAGACCAGCACAGAACUACUGAUGGAUUUUGAACUUCUGAACUGUCAGUGAACGAGAAAACAGAAACAUAUCAACCCUGCCCUGAAACUGCCAUGCUGAAGCACAAAGGCUGACGACUACAGCCGGGAGCAACACUGUUGAUUAUAUGCUGCUGCUGUUUUCUUAGAGCAUAAAUAAAACCAACAGCUGCAUUUCUGACUUUUACAAAGUAUAUUUUAAAAAAGCAUAUUUUCCUUUAGUAAAAACAACAGUAAUAACACUCAAUGGGUGAAGGGGAAUGGGAGUUACUUUGCUCAAAGACUAUAUUAUGUUCGUAACUGUAGCAAGUAAUAAAAAAAUAUUUUCAGCUACAGCAGUAUGCCAGCAAAACCGAAACCAAUACAGCACAUUUCUUUUUCUAAUACUGAUGACAUGAGUAUGAAAUGACAAGCACAAAUACAAUAUGGCAAUAUGGAAACAUUUCAUGUGAUCCUGUCAAAGCUGUGUGUUUGUGUUUUGUGCAUACUGUUGUUUCUCUCCACCCCCUAAUGUAGAUUUAUUAUGUUCAUUAAGACUAUUGUCAGAACCCUGGUUAAAGCAAACUGAUAUUUGUUUUGUAAUUAUGUGUAAUGUAGCAUUGAUGCAAGUUCUUCUGAUUUUAAAUACAUUAUGCCUAUCUUACUGUGAUAUAUAUGUAAUUUUCAGUGUGCAUAAGACUCCUCCAACUGCAAAAAUUCCAGAGGGAAAUCCUGUCUAGGUACAGUGAGUUGCUAAUCUCGACUACUGUGAUAGGCCUUUUAAUGACACCUAUGUUCUACUAAUUCUGAAUAUUAUUCUGCAUGAAUACAUGUGCAGUUUAACUGAUCAUCUCAACCUUAACUCACAUUGGUAGAUGAUGUUAAAAAAAAAAUCAAAGCUUUGAUAAAUGUUCUUGUUUAUUGGGAUUUUGUGAGUCGACAGAACAGUGCUGAAGUGAUUUUCACUUUGGUGUAACAUUUUCACACUUUGAACAAUAAUACCUCAAAAUGAAUUGAACAAUCAACCUCAUCCAUAAACUGCCCCAUAGCAUAAUCUCUAAUACCCAGUUUCUCUACCCUCUUACUUUCAUCAUAAAUAUUUGUAAAGAAGCAGCAUUAGCUUCUUUAUGCAAAAAGCCAAAGAAAGUUUACAAAAAAAUAUUAUUUGAGUCUUAUUCAGUGUAGUAAGUGUAUGCAGUAUGUUUUAGAAAUUAUAAUCCACUGGGUUAUAUUUUCAGAUAUGCUGCUUCAAAUGCCGGUUGGUUCCCGGGGCAGCUAAAUUAUUGGUUGACUGUUUAUAAAUGGACACGGGGAUAUAUGCAUGCUAUAAAGUAAAGAUUAUUCUCCUAAAGGGAAAUCUUACUUUGUGAUUUUACUUGUCUUAACUGUGUGAAACUAUGCAUGCAAGAAACUACUGAAAUUUGUAGCAGAAUAUAUAAAAAUAAAGGUUUUUAUUGGAACUUGA